GUAUAUGAUGACCAACCAAAUGCACAUCAGAGGUUUAUGGAAAAACUAGAUGCCUGCAUACGUAACCAUGACAGGGAAAUAGAAAAGAUGUGCAAUUUUCACCAUCAGGGCUUUGUGGAUGCUAUUACAGAACUUCUUAAAGUUAGGGCUGAUGCAGAAAAAUUAAAGGUCCAAGUUACUGAUACCAACCGAAGGCUUCAGGAUGCUGGGAAAGAGGUGAUAGCCCAAACAGAGGAAAUCAUCCGAUGCAGAGUUCAGCAACGGAAUAUUACAACAGUUGUGGAAAAACUACAGUUGUGUCUUCCAGUGCUGGAAAUGUACAGCAAACUGAAAGAACAGAUGAAUGUAAAAAGAUACUAUUCUGCUUUAAAAACAAUGGAACAGCUAGAAAAUCUGUAUCUUCCUAGAGUUAGCCAAUACCGUUUUUGCCAGAUAAUGAUAGAGAAUCUUCCAAAACUGCGUGAAGAAAUAAAAGAAAUAUCCAUGUCAGAUCUCAAGGAUUUCUUAGAGAGUAUUCGAAAGCAUUCUGACAGAAUUGGGGAAACUGCCAUGAAGCAGGCACAGCAGCAGAAAACCUUUAGUACCUCUCUUCAGAAGCAGAAUAACAUAAACUAUGGUCGGAAUAUGCAUGUAGGUAGAAGCAGAAUUUUGGAAUCCAAGAAUGAAAUUACAUUGAAGCGAACAUUUGAAGAAGACGAUGAACACGAAGAAGAGGUUUUAACUGCUCAAGAUCUUGUAGACUUUUCUCCUGUCUAUAGGUGUUUGCACAUCUACUCAGUUUUGGGUGAUGGAGAAAUAUUUGAAAAUUACUACAGAAAACAAAGAAGGAAACAAGCAAGAUUAGUUCUGCAGCCGCAGUCAAGCAUGCAUGAAACAGUAGAAGGCUAUAGAAGAUACUUCAGUCAAAUUGUAGGUUUCUUUGUAGUAGAAGACCACAUUUUACAUGUAACCCAAGGAUUGGUAACUAGAACAUACACCGAUGAACUCUGGAACAUGGCCCUUUCCAGGAUCAUUGCUGUUCUUAGAACACAUUCAUCAUAUUGCAGUGAUCCCGACCUUGUUCUGGAACUGAAGAAUCUCAUUGUAGUAUUUGCCGAUACUUUGCAGGGUUAUGGUUUUCCUGUGAAUCGACUAUUUGAUCUUUUAUUUGAGAUUAGAGACCAGUACAAUGAAACACUUCUUAAAAAGUGGUCUGGAUUGUUCAGGGAUAUUUUUGAAGCAGACAACUACAGCCCUAUUCCUGUAGCAAAUGAGGAGGAAUACAAAAUAAUUAUAAGCAAAUUUCCUUUUCAAGAUCCAGAACUUGAUAAGCAAUCCUUUCCAAAGAAGCUUCCAAUGUCUCAGUCAGUGCCUCAGAUUUAUAUCCAGGUGAAGGAAUUUAUUUAUGCAAGCCUUAAGUUUUCAGAGUCACUUCACCGCAGCUCAACAGAAAUAGAUGAUAUGCUCAGAAAAUCUACAAAUUUGCUGCUUACAAGAACUCUAAGUUGUUGUUUACAGAACCUAAUUAAAAAGCCUCAUAUAGGUUUAACAGAGCUUGUUCAAAUCAUCAUAAACACAACACACCUGGAACAAGCCUGUAAAUACCUUGAGGAUUUUAUAUCUAACAUUACAAAUAUUUCACAAGUGACUGUUCACACUGCAAGACUUUAUGGACUUUCUACAUUUAAGGAUGCAAGGCAUGCUGCAGAAGGAGAAAUAUACACAAAACUUAACCAAAAAAUAGAUGAAUUUAUUCAGAUUGCUGAUUAUGAUUGGACAAUGUCUGAAUCGGAUGGAAGAGCCAGUGGAUACUUAAUGGACCUUAUUAACUUUUUAAGAAGCACAUUUCAAGUUUUUACUCAUUUACCUAAUAACAACAAUGACCAUGCAGCUAUGUCGGGAAAAGUGGCCCAGACAGCUUGCAUGUCAGCCUGCCAGCAUCUUUCAAUGUCCCUAAUGCAGAUGCUACUGGACAGUGAAUUAAAACAAAUAAGCAUGGGAGCAAUUCAGCAGUUUAAUUUAGAUGUGAUACAGUGUGAAUUGUUUGCUAGUUCUGAGCCUGUGCCAGGAUUCCAGGGAGACACCCUGCAGUUAGCUUUCAUCGACCUCAGACAAGAUAUGAAAGAUAAGGAAGUAGGUCCAGUGGUCAGGUUUUACCUGCCCACCCGGACUGUGCCCCGAGGUCAAACUCCUGAUAUUGGCUGUUUG